AUGCUAGUCUCAAUUAUCCCAACUCUUUUUCUCCUCACAGCCAGUCUUAAUGGCAUCAACGCCGCCCCAUGCGAGCCUGACCCAACAACAACGACACCCCCUACCACGACGACUACACCGCCCACAGAUCCAACUGGAUGCACCAGCAUCCCUCCCGGAACGCUGCCAAAUACAAUUACCACGGGCUUCGCGAUCCAGGUUCAGAAUGCCUCGUACCCAAUAAUCCACAACCGCUAUAUGAACCUCUGGGCGUCGGGAGGUGGAGACCAGCACUUGUUUCUCAGCCCUGCGGGCGAUGCAGCGGCCGACUUGAAACUUGAUAACGGGGUUAUCACACGGUUACCCAUCAGAGCCGUCAUCAACGGCGAGUACACACCCGAAGACAACACCACCAAGAUGUUCAUGACCGAUCGCGGUGACCCACGUGCAAUUUACGACGUCGUGUAUGGAUGUAGUCCAAGCGGGCAGGUGCAGAAAGAGCUCCGGUUCAAGGCUCGUGAUACAUUACUUGGUGGUCACAUCUGCGUGCGGUUGACAUCAGGGGAUCGCUAUGAAUUUCGAUACUCGCCACCUGGGAAUACCGCAACGGAUAGGUUGUGCAUUAAGGUUACUUUGGCGAUAUUGUGA